AUGGCCGCCACCAUUGCCACAAACUGCAGCAUGGCAUUCAUGCACGCUUCCUCCACGUUUGCCAUCAAACUGAUGGAACCCAUCACAAGUGCUGUAGUUCAACAUGUCGUCCACAAAACAUCUUUUUCCAGAUCCACUCUCAUCAGUCUGCCUCUGAUCGUCUCAGGAGCCGUCGUAUUCGUUGGAAACCCUUUUGAGACGUCAUCGAUCUCCACGGGCGUACUAAUGGCGUGUACCUCCAACAUCAUCCUAGCAGUCAGAAACGUAGCCAUCAAAUCAAAAGGCAACAACCCCAGAACCAUAAGACUGCGGCCUGCCGUGUACGUCUGCAGUGCUGUACUGUGCACUGCAACUGCUGCUGCUGUUGUGUAUGUGAUGGAAUCGAGAGAAAUCGUGCAACACACGACGACGCUGAUUAUCUGCUUGAUGCUGACGUCAAGCUACUUUCACGUUGUCUACUCUUUGACGUCGACCAACGUCCUCUUACACUAUGCGACAGUAGUGAGUCACGGCAUCAUCAACAUGGUCAAGCGAAUCACGGUGGUGUUCCUUAUGUACGUGUUUGGGCAACGAUAUGCGACACCGUGGAAUUUUGCAGGUUUGGCUAUCUGCAUACUGGGACUUACAAUAUACAUACAGGGAAGAGUUGGCGUUGAUAACAGAAACAGAGAACAUGCACGUUCAGGUAAGACAUAA